GAGACGAGAGGUGGGAAGUCUAUUUUAUACAAAGGUGUCUGUACUGGUGCACCAAAUAUCGAGCCAGAAGAAAACCCAGUGAGGAGUGGAGAAGUUCUAGGCCUAUCCCUCUUCCUGCUCGUCUAGUUUUCUACUCACAAGGAGUUCUUCAGGAGCAACCCAAGCUGAAAUCUCCCCCAUUGCGGCCUGAAGUGGCCAUUCCCUUUCUACUGUUCUCUAGCCUCCACCGCUUUCCAUCUCUCUUGCUGAGGGUUGACAGCCUCCAGUUGUUUUGGCCCCUGAUGAGGAUGAAAUUGUGGCUUUCGUAGCAACCAACCUGGUGUCCUCUUUUCCCAACAGCCCCACUGGUUGUGCAGGAAGCUUCUGCUGAUAGGAGCUCGUAACAGAGAAGUUGCCGUGUUUGUGUUCCUGCGUCUACAACCGCGUGGAUGAUGAAGGCCAAAAGCAAAGGGCUGAAACGCCGCCACGCGGUCAACAAAGACGCCGUGUGCCAGGAGCCGACCCAGAGCAGGGAUGAGCUUCUGAAAUGUCUGCGGCACAAAGAAAAGAGGAACACGGAGAGCCCGAAGGCCGCCUCCCGGCCAGCGAAGCUCACUUGGAGCUCCAAAGACAGGCGCCUGCGCAGGCUGGAGAGCAACGAGCGGGAGCGGCAGCGCAUGCACAAGCUCAACAACGCUUUCCAGGCCUUGCGGGAAGUCAUCCCUCACGUCCGGGCAGAGAACAAGCUCUCCAAAAUCGAGACGCUCACCUUGGCCAAGAACUAUAUCAAAUCUCUCACCUCCACCAUUCUACGGAUGUCUAAUGGGCACCUCCAGACCCUCGACGGCUCCGGUUCUGGUAGCAAAUCCAAACUGUACGAACACUACCAGCAGCAAUGCGAGGACGACGACGAACCAGCGGAGCAAUUCCAGAAAUACUCCACCCAGAUCCAUAGCUUCAGGCAAGGCAGUUGAGACUGUGGCAACCGGACCACCCCCAGGUGCGUUUCUGUCCUCGGGAAAGGACUCCAAAGAGCGGCGUGACAGCAAAGGACUUCUCAUUCAUUGCUUGCAAAGGACU